CCCAGCAGUGCACCCACCUGUGCCCAGCAGUGCCACCUACCUGUGCCCAGAAUCAGUGCCACCAGUCAGUGCCCAGCGGUUGUGCCAGUCAGUGGCCAGCAGUUGCGCCAGUCAAUGCCUAGCAGUGCCGCCAGUCAGUGCCCAGAAGUGAUGCCAGUCAGUGCCACCUAUCAGUGCUGUCUAUCAGUACCCAUCAUCAGUGCCGCCUAUCAGUGCUGCCUAUCAGUGCCGCCUAUCCGUGCCACCUCAUUAGUGUUGCCUAUCAGUGCUGCCUAUCCGUGCCACCUCAUUAGU